ACAUUUAAUGCAGUAAGCAGGCACAAUGUAGAGAAGAUAUCUUAUACUCCACCCCCUUUAAUCAGGCUUGGGUGUGUGGGUAAGUGGUACCCUCAAGGCCUCAAACAGGGUUUACCCCAGUGGUUUAAAAAAAGGAUCGGCGCCACUGAUUAUGUAUUUUAUUCUGUGAUCGUAGUAUCCAGGUACCAAAGAGGCUCGGAUAAUUAGUAAGAUAAUAUUUACUGAUAAAAUACUAGAAAAUGGCUAAAAAUAAAAAUGGAUGUUUAAUAAUUAUUAAUAAUCAGUAUUAUUAUGUCAUUAUGAUAAUAAAUAAUAAUUAAAAUUUUCAGUACAACAAAACAAUGUUAAACAUUGGUGGCUCGGUGGCUGGACUGGCUGGUGCUCAAAGUCAAAAAUUCAAAAUAUAAAUAUUAGUAAUAUUACUAAAUUAGUUUGUACUUAAUUAUUAUAUUUAUAUUUUAGUGUGUACCUGCUGUGUAGUUUGGUGUCGACAUAGAUUAAACAUACCUAUUAUCCGUCGUCGCAAAUAACCCACUACUCGUGUCAAGUUCACUUGCAGUUCAAUCUUAAAGUAUCUAAAGUAAUAUAUUUUAUUGAUUGUCCCAGAAAUAAGUUCAUCCAAAAUGCCACGUACCAAGGGAAGAAAAGUCGAACGUUCGGCAGUUGAAAUGAAUUUGACUGGUGUGAAUGCGACCAUGGGCAAUCAAUCGAAAACUAUAAAAGACAUUUUAUACGAAUUUGAUUGUGAAAAACAAAAUAUUAAAAAUCAUUUUUUCGCCAUAAUUGAAAACUAUACAAAUUUAAUCGAAAAUGCAUUUUUAAUGACAAAAAUGAAAAUUGGUGAUUUAUUACAUAGUAAUCUCUAUGACAUGAUUCUUAAGCAACAUCCAACAAAAUCUAACUGUGUAACUGAUAAUAAACUGGAACAACCUUCAAGGCUAGUUACCCAAGAUACAGCAAAUAGAGUGACCAAACAAAAAAGUGUAUUCAAGACCUAUGGCUCUACUGUUACUACAACAGAAGUAAAAUGCAGCAGUUCCACACAUAUUGAUGAUAAUCGCCCACUAUUAACAGAAAUAAUAGAAUCUAAGUUAAAAACUCCAAUUAAUCAACCAUAUGUAUCUUCAGCCACCGUUACACCAAAAUUAAAUAUGAAUGAACCAAUGUCGAUUAUGAGGUACCCAAAUCAAGGAGAAAUUGCACUUUCAAUGACAGGAAGUCCACUCAUGAUUUCAUCGGUUUCUAGAGAUGACAUGGCUUCAGUCAGUGUACCGUUAGCCAAUGGAAAUGUUCUUUCAAUAUUACCCAGAGUUGGUUCUACUAUGGAUAUAUCUUUUGAUGAACAGACUAAAUGUGAAUUACUUCUUCUGAAGAAAAACAUUGAAGGGCUAUUGAAAACUAAUAAAAAUUGAACAUACAAAAAAUAUUUUUUAUAAUCCACAACAUAAUUUUUAAAAUCAUUUACUGAUAAAUAGGUAUUUAUUAUUCUUGUUUGAUAUACUGUGAUUAUUAUUUAUAAUUAUAACUUCUAAAUU